UAAAAGAGAAGACGGGAAUCCAAAGGGCUUGGAUCUGGCAUUGAACGCUCACACCUCCUUAGAUAACAGCGCGGACGCAACGGGAUGCGGCUGAGGGGUGCUGGAAGAUCACCGAGACACGUUAGAGAACGGGAUGGUGUGGUAUGAGGGAAGGCACCAAGUCCCAAGUGGGAGCUCAGCUCUAAGGGCGCCAAUGCCUCUGCUUUGGAGAAAGAGAUUGGUCCUGAGCAGUUCCCAGUGAAUGAGCAUUACUUUGGCUUGGUCAAUUAUCGCUACGCAAAAGAAGAAGGUGGGAGUCAUCCCACCCAAGAAAUUUAUUUCCCGAUUGAGGAAAGAAAAUGAAUUAUUUGAUAAUUAUAUGCAGCAGGAUGCACAUGAGUUCCUAAACUACCUACUUAACACUAUUGCUGAUUUACUACAAGAAGAGAAAAAGCAGGAGAAGCAGAACGGCAAACUCCAGAAUGGCAGCAUCGAGAGUGAAGAAGGAGACAAGACUGAUCUGACGUGGGUCCAUGAAAUCUUCCAAGGAACACUAACCAAUGAAACCAGAUGUCUUAACUGUGAGGCUGUUAGUAGCAAAGAUGAAGACUUUCUGGAUCUAUCGGUUGAUGUGGAACAAAAUACAUCAAUUACACACUGUUUAAGAGGGUUUAGUAAUACUGAAACUCUAUGCAGUGAAUAUAAAUACUAUUGUGAGCAGUGCCGCAGUAAACAGGAAGCACAGAAGAGAAUGAGAGUGAAAAAGUUGCCCAUGAUUCUAGCUCUGCACUUAAAAAGGUUCAAAUACAUGGACCAGCUGCAUCGAUAUACCAAACUCUCCUACCGUGUAGUCUUUCCCUUGGAGCUCCGGCUCUUUAACACUUCAGGAGAUGCUACAAAUCCUGACAGAAUGUAUGACCUUGUGGCUGUAGUUGUUCACUGUGGCAGUGGUCCAAAUCGUGGACAUUAUAUCACCAUUGUGAAGAGCCAUGGCUUUUGGUUGCUGUUUGAUGAUGACAUUGUAGAGAAAAUCGAUGCGCAGGCCAUUGAAGAAUUCUAUGGGUUAACAUCAGACAUUUCCAAAAACUCAGAAUCUGGAUAUAUCCUCUUCUACCAGUCGAGAGACUAAAGACAAAAGAUAAAUGUGUCUAAAUAAGAGGAAAAAAGGGAUCAAGAUAUGUCCAAAUGGAACAUAUUUGUGACAGCAGAAGCAGUUCCUCAUUGUUGCUGUAGGACCAGGACAGAUCCAGCAGGGCGGAUAAAGGCUUCUCUCUGCCAUUUCUUGGAGGAUUAGUGCUGACUGCCGUAACAGGAAGAGCUUUUGCUCCAAUUUUUUUCUGGGCUUUUUUUACGUGCUAUCUUCCAAAAUCUGUGUUACCUCUACUUGAAACCUGGCUGCUUAUUUGUUCAUGAACUGAAGAAGAGUUUUAAAAGUAGCACUGUAGAAUUUUUACCAUUUAAUGUUGGCCUGAGGCUAUACCUUGGUUUCUAUCAUCAUCGUUUUUCUGUAUUUUAGCAGAACGAUUUCAAUAUUCAGUGUCAGCUGAAGGCAUAUUUUAGGAUAUGAACAGCAGCUGGUUGCUGGAAAUUUUUGGUGACUCAGACUUGAGAAGCAGUACAAAGCUAAGACAUAUUGGAAAUGUCAAGUCUGUAAUUUAAAAAAAAAAAAAAAGACAAAAAACUCUCUAUGCAGCAUUGUAAAUUCCCCAUUAUGCAUUAUCCUGGUUUUCGAUAACACUAAUAGCACUGUUUCUUUUUAUAUUUUAAUUUUUACUGUUCUGUUUCUUCUUCAGAAGGUAUAGGACUUUAUCCAUAUUCAGCCUAAUCUAUUCUUCCUUUUUUCUUUCGAAGCAGAAGUUUUGACUCAAAGCUACAUUGCUGCUUUUCUGCUCCCCUUGAAUCUGCAGUUACGUUUUGAAGAAUAUGUCUGGCAACCAGUUGCUGUAGAAAGUUUAAAGUUACAGCAUUUGUUGGAGCUAUUGCAUAAACCAAAAGUGCCCUCUUUCUGAAACAGAAUCUGUUCAACAUUUCACUUGAUACCUUGUAAACUGAUGCAACUAGCAUUUGAAUCUAUGCUAAUACACAGAAACAGCACUAAUUGUGAAGGGUUAACCAAGGGAAGCAUUACUUACAUAACUAACCCACUUGUUCUUAGUCUUCAAGAUAAUGGACGUUUAAGAAGGAAAAACAAACCCCCUUGACAUUACCUUGCUAAAUGUUGCUCAUCAUCUGUUGGUAAUGUUUGUGUUGACCUGGGACUCAUAACCUCCUGAAAAUGCUUCUGAUUGUUUUACCUCUAUAGGCCUUGCUUUACAGAGGAAAGUAUGUUAGUCUUUUGAAGACUGAAAUUAAGUAAUUAUCCGUUACGUGUGUAUAUAUUAUAAUCUCAAGGAUAACUAGAAAGAAAAGACUAAGGGAGUUUGUAAGAAAUCUCUGAGAAUCUUAGGUAAUUUUCUUUUUUGAAAAGUCCUGUUACUGUGCCAAAGCUUGUCGCAGCUGGCUCUAAACUACCAGUGGAAAUUACCAUUUUCCUUUCUUCAUUUUGUUAGAUAACGCAAGAGCUGUCCUCGGUGUGGUUGUGCCCAGUACAGCCGGUCAUAGCAUACACUAGUGAUUGUUGUUCCGGAGGACGUUUAACUUAUGCAAUUCUGUGGCUUGUACAGGAUAUAGAAUAUUUUACCAAAAUAUUGUCCUCAGGAAAACAGCAGAUCACAAACAGUUUCUUGCGGUGGCUAUACGUAUCUGUUUUUCCUUACCAUGACCAGAAACAUCCUGUUAGCAAGUAACUCCUCUCUUCAGCGUGCAAAUUAGUCGUCAUCGUUGUGUUCCAGCUGGGUGCAGGUCCCCUUCUCUCCGCACAUCUCCUCCUCCAGCAGAUAAACUACAGAGGGUUUUUUUUUUUUAAUUAUACAGAGUACUGUCAUUUGAAGAGACAUUCAAUAACCUUUUUGUCAUCUUGUUCCUACUGUGUGAAAAUUGUUCUUGGCUAAGAGUCCUCUCCCCUUGUUCGCACACGAGUCAUAAGUCCUCUCUUGGUGGCGCCAACAGAAGUCUGUCAUCAGUAAGUCUAGCAAAAAAAUAAAAAAAAAAAAGAGCACUGAGUUAAGAAUAAUCUAAACAGUAAAUACAAAAAAUUAAUGUAGUACACUAGACAUGUAUUUUGUAUAUCUGGCGAUACGUUUUUACAAAUAAAAUACCUGAUUGAGAGAGAAUAUUGAAAGAUAUAUACUAUAGAUUAAAAACUGUUAAAAGUGCACUUUUGCUACAGAUUUAUAAGGAAACUAAAAGGAAUUAAAUUGGAAGAGAAUGGUGUGAUGUUACUUCUGUAUAAUAAAUGACCCCACCUGUCUCCAAUAAAGGUCAUGUAUGGUCAAAUGCA